CUGGAGCCGCGGAGCCUCGGAGUCCCAGUGCCCCGCGAGUAGCGUAGAGCCCGCGGGCCCGGCGAACAAAGCGACCGUGGGGCGGGUAGCUCAGGCGCGGGACGCAGGGACCGAGCGACCCGCUGCGCCUUUGUCUCGGGUGGGGCAGGAGCAGCGGCCGGAGCGGGGCGCCCCGAACGCAGAAUGCGGCGCCCAGAGGGGCGGAUCGAAGAGCGCUGCGGCGGCAGGAGGUGUGGAGCCCGGGCCGGAGCCCGAGCGCACUUGUGUGUGUGAAGGGGGGACCCGGCACGCUGCCCCGAGAGCGCCUAGUGGCCGCACGUGGGCGGGAGCCGCGGCCCGCUAGUAGCCCGAGGAGGAGGAGGAGGAAGAGGAGGGCCGUGUGGCGGCGCAGCGGGGACCCGGGGCCGCCUGCGCGAAGCCCCGCCCCGGCGGCCGAGCCCCGCGCGGGCGGUCGGGAUGCUCCGCGGUCACCGCACUUUGCCGGAGCGCUGCCCUGAGCCAGCUGGCCCAGCGGCCGCGGCGGCGAGCGCACGGGCGCCGCGGGCGCCAUGGAGCAGUGGCGGCAAUGCGGCCGCUGGCUCAUUGACUGCAAGGUCCUGCCGCCCAACCACCGUGUCGUGUGGCCCUCGGCGGUGGUCUUCGACCUGGCGCAGGCGCUGCGCGACGGCGUCCUUCUGUGCCAGCUGCUGCACAACCUCUCCCCCGGCUCCAUCGACCUUAAGGACAUCAACUUCCGGCCGCAGAUGUCCCAGUUCCUGUGUCUGAAGAAUAUUCGCACCUUCCUCAAAGUCUGCCACGACAAAUUUGGACUAAGGAACAGUGAGCUGUUUGACCCUUUCGACCUCUUUGAUGUCCGAGACUUCGGAAAGGUCAUCUCUGCAGUGUCCCGUCUGUCCCUGCACAGCAUCGCGCAGAGCAAAGGGAUCAGGCCUUUUCCAUCAGAGGAGACGGCUGAAAACGAUGACGAUGUCUAUCGGAGUCUGGAAGAGCUGGCUGACGAGCAUGACCUGGGUGAGGACAUCUACGACUGUGUCCCGUGUGAAGAUGAAGGAGAUGACAUUUAUGAGGACAUCAUCAAGGUGGAGGUGCAGCAGCCCAUGAUCAGAUACAUGCAGAAAAUGGGACUAACCGAGGACGACAAGAGGAGCUGCUGCUUGUUAGAGAUUCAGGAGACCGAGGCCAAGUACUACCGCACCCUGGAGGACAUUGAGAAGAACUACAUGGGUCCCUUGCGGCAGGUGCUGAGCCCCGUGGACAUGGCCGCCAUCUUCAUCAACCUGGAGGACCUCAUCAAGGUGCACCACAGCUUUCUGCGAGCCAUCGAUGUGUCCAUGAUGGCUGGUGGCAGUACCCUGGCCAAGGUCUUCCUGGAGUUUAAGGAACGGCUCCUGAUCUACGGAGAGUACUGUAGCCACAUGGAGCAUGCUCAGAGCGCACUGAACCAGCUCCUCGCCAGCCGAGACGACUUCAGGCAGAAAGUGGAGGAGUGCACACUCAAGGUCCAGGAGGGCAAGUUCAAGCUGCAAGAUCUGCUGGUGGUGCCCAUGCAGCGGGUGCUCAAGUACCACCUGUUGCUCAAGGAGCUCCUGAGCCAUUCCGCAGACCGGCCUGAAAGACAACAGCUCAAAGAAGCACUGGAAGCCAUGCAGGACUUGGCCAUGUAUAUCAAUGAAGUGAAACGGGACAAGGAGACCUUGAAGAAGAUUAGUGAGUUCCAGUGCUCCAUAGAAAACCUGCAAGUGAAGCUGGAAGAAUUUGGGAGGCCGAAGAUUGACGGGGAGCUGAAAGUUCGGUCCAUAGUCAACCACACCAAGCAAGACAGGUACCUGUUCCUGUUUGACAAGGUGGUCAUCGUGUGUAAGAGGAAGGGCUACAGCUAUGAGCUGAAGGAGGUUAUUGAACUGCUCUUUCACAAGAUGACUGAUGACCCCAUGCACAACAAAGACAUCAAGAAGUCUCAUGGGAAGAUGUGGUCCUAUGGCUUCUACCUGAUUCACCUCCAAGGGAAGCAAGGCUUUCAGUUCUUCUGCAAGACGGAAGACAUGAAGCGGAAGUGGAUGGAGCAGUUCGAGAUGGCCAUGUCAAACAUCAAGCCAGACAAGGCCAAUGCCAACCAUCAUAGUUUCCAGAUGUACACGUUUGACAAGACCACCAACUGCAAAGCCUGCAAGAUGUUCCUCAGGGGUACCUUCUACCAGGGAUACCUGUGUACCAGAUGUGGUGUCGGGGCACACAAGGAGUGCCUGGAGGUGAUGCCCCCCUGCAAGAUGAGUUCGCCUGCAGAUGCGGACGCUCCCGGAGCAGGACUAGGUCCCAAGAUGGUUGCCGUGCAGAAUUACCAUGGUAACCCAGCCCCUCCCGGGAAGCCCGUGUUGACCUUCCAGACAGGGGAUGUGAUAGAGCUGCUCCGGGGUGACCCCGAUUCUCCUUGGUGGGAGGGGAGGCUGGUUCAAACUCGGAAGUCAGGGUAUUUCCCCAGCUCAUCUGUGAAGCCCUGCCCAGUGGAUGGAAGGCCGCCUGUUGGCCGCCCGCCAUCCCGGGAGAUCGAUUACACUGCAUACCCGUGGUUUGCUGGCAACAUGGAACGGCAGCAGACGGACAAUCUACUCAAGUCUCAUGCCAGUGGGACCUACCUCAUCAGAGAGCGUCCAGCAGAGGCAGAACGCUUCGCCAUCAGCAUCAAGUUCAAUGAUGAAGUGAAACACAUCAAGGUGGUGGAGAAAGACAGCUGGAUCCACAUCACGGAAGCUAAGAAGUUUGAGAGCCUCCUGGAGCUGGUGGAGUACUACCAGUGCCACUCACUCAAGGAGAGCUUCAAGCAGUUGGACACUACACUCAAGUUCCCCUACAAGUCUCGGGAGCGCGCCGCCACCAGGGCCUCAAGCCGAUCUCCAGCUUCCUGUGCUUCCUACAACUUUUCUUUUCUCAGUCCUCAGGGCCUCAGCUUUGCCCCCCAGGGCCCCUCUGCUCCCUUCUGGUCAGUGUUCACACCGCGGGUCAUCGGCACAGCCGUGGCCAGGUACAACUUUGCUGCACGAGACAUGCGGGAGCUGUCACUGCGGGAAGGUGACGUGGUGAAGAUCUACAGCCGGAUCGGUGGGGACCAGGGCUGGUGGAAGGGCGAGACGAACGGGCGGAUCGGUUGGUUUCCUUCGACAUACGUGGAAGAGGAAGGCAUCCAGUGAGGGCGAGACCUGGACAGAACCCACAGAUGCUCUUGGGAGUCUCCCCAGCUCUGAAGUCCACCUCUGGCUUCUCCGUAGCUCUGGGAACUGCCUGCUAAGCCUGCAGCUGUUAUGGCCCCUAGGGAUGGGGAGGGUGUCCCACCAUCACCUGCCCUAGGUGGCCUGUGCCUGGGUACAUUCCUUGUACAUAGAGGAGAUCCGUGCUGGCCACACCCAGAGCACCAAGGAUGGGGAGCUCAGGCCAUAUGGCCAAGCAUGUGUGGAUGACAGCAAAGGUCAGAAGCUACUGCCUGCCCCUCUGGUUUAGAUGGUUGCUCAGGAGCCCAGACCUCGACUCAUGGUGUGCCAGGGAGGGCUGGGGACAACAGGGGGUCCCUUCCCAGGCCCAUCUGCUGCCCCACACUGAUCUGCCUGUCUUUUCUGCUGCUCUCUAGAGUGUGUGUCAGGUUUCGGGAGGCAGGCAGGACCAGAGCCAAGCUGUGCUGUAGCACACACCAGGCCCAGCUGGGAGAGAGCUUGCACAGGGGCCGCUGGAUCACGCUAGCUCUGGAGAUUUCCCUGGCUGCCUCCCUUCCUGACACAGCAGGGUCCUGCUGCGUGCUAACUGGGCAGGCCCCUCCCUCACGAGGGACCUUCGGAACGAUGACAUUGCUGACCCACCCUCAGCCCACCCAGUCAGUGGUACUGCUCUUUGCUUGUUGAAGCCCCUUUCCUGAGCCAGGAAACAGGUCUUCUCUGCCCUGCUGCCAGGGGGGACACAUCUGUGAACCCCGAAGGGCAGGGUAGAAAACCAGGUUCCCCUCCCUGCUCGCUGCCUCUUGGGUCUUCUGCACUCUAAACCAUGCUCACUAGGAGUCUGCUGGCCUUUGCACUAGAUGCUAGUUUGAGCCCUUGACUGGUAUCCCACAAGGAUUCCUGCAGCCCACACACUGGGCUUAUGGCCAGCUCAAAAUAAGUGCUCUUGGGGGUCUCCGCCCUUUCACUUCUUCUCCUGGUGCUUCCUGGCCUUUGACCUCUGCUUGCUUGGCCAGCCCUCUUUCCACCCGGUGGAGUUCUGAGCGGAAGCUUAUGUGAAGACACACACACAGACUCUUGGGCCCUUUCCCCUCAUCCAGCUGCCCAUUCCUGGAUGAGUAGGAGCCAAGGUUAGGGACACUGUCCCUCUGUCCCCAACGGAGUGGGACAAUGCACUACUUGCUCCUGGGACAUUUUCCAGAGUUGGCUUAUGUCCUCCAGCUUGGUGUCCACACAGAACAUGCUAGGAUGUUAGGGGAGGCAGAGAGGGAUUCGGAGAAGGGGAGCAGCAGGAAGAGAGAGACACCUUGGAAAGCCUCAGCCAUGAGAAACUGGGAGUGAAGGGUUUGGAAAGGGCCGGGGCUCGGGCCACCUACACUGCUCCUCGGCCCAGCCUGCCCAGUGCAAGUGCAGACCGUGGGGAGGGCUCUGUCGGCAGGAACCAUACGAACGCCCUCACGUCAGUCACGACACCCUGUGCUUUAGGUUUCGUUUCGUUUGUUUGUUUUUCUGUUGUAGCCUUUUUUCCUUUUUUGUCCCGUUACAUUUUGUUUUGCCUGUUCGUAUUUUAGAAGGGGGGAAAGUUGUAAUUAUUUCAUCUAAAUCUCCCAUUAUAUAUCUGUGAAUAAGAGAUUCUAUGAUAGCAGAAGGAUGUAUAUUUUAGCUUGUCAUGACGCGUCAUGAUAACGAAGGACACUGAGAAAGAGGAUACUCCAGAGCCCCGUUCUUGUGAAUGUUUUGUGUUUGUUUUGACAUGUGUGUUUGGUUUGGGUUUUUUUGUUUUUGUUUUUGUUUUUGAGCUGCACUGAGCAGGGUGCUGGGCGGGCUGGGGCAUGGGCACCUCUGCAGGAGACUGGACACCGACUAAGGACUGGGGGCCUGAGAUCAGCUGUGAACAUUUGCAGCACAAUGCAUGCAAGUCAGGGAUGUGGGGGUCCCACAGCCAGCAGCACCCCCUGAUGGAACAACUGUACAUUUGCCAAUGGGUUUUCCCCACAAGACUACGGUUUUUACUACAAAUAAACUUACGUUCUAUUCUGCA